AUGGACGUGACCGUCUCCGAGCUCCUGGAGCAAUUCCUGCAGAGCCCCUUGGUGACCUGGGUGAAAACGUUUGGGGCCCUGGAGAGCGGAGACGAGGACAACCUCGGCGUCUACAUGGACCUGGUGGACGGCGUCGUCCUCAACAAAAUCAUGCUGCAGAUAGAUCCUCGACCAACCAACCAACGUGUCAACAAGCAUAUAAAUAAUGACACCUAUCUUCGGGUUCAAAACCUGACCAUCUUAGUCAGAAAUAUUAAGACUUACUAUCAGGAGGUCCUCCAGCAGCUGAUUGUAAUGAAUUUACCAAAUGUUUUAAUGAUUGGCAAAGAUCCUCUUUCCGGUAAAAGUAUGGAUGAAAUUAAGAAGCUGCUUUUGUUGGUUCUGGGAUGUGCUGUGCAGUGUGAAAGAAAACAAGAGUUUAUUGAAAGAAUAAAACAACUGGAUAUUGAAACCCAAGCUGCGAUUGUGUCACACAUUCAGGAGGUGACUCAGAACCAGGAGAACGUCUUCGACUUGCAGUGGCUGGAGCUGCCAGAUACAGCCCCAGAAGCACUGGAGUCUCUCUCCAGGAAUAUGUUUUUCCACCUCAAGAGGCUCAUUGAUGAGAGAGAUGAAUGCACAGAAGUCAUAGUAGAUCUUACUCAAGAGAGAGAUUAUUUGCAGUCUCAGCAACCACCAAGUCCUUUGAAAGCACCAAGUCCAGAUUCUUCACCAAACCCAGCCAAUCCAGUUUCUAAUGAGGACAAACAGCACCUUGCAGUUGAGCUGGCAGACACAAAAGCUAAACUGAGAAGAGUCCGGCAGGAGCUGGAAGAAAAGUCUGAGCAGCUUGUAGAUUCUAAACAUGAAGUUGAGCAGCUCACCCUAGAGCUGCAAAAAAUAAAACAAGAGAAUAUCCACCUGACCUCAGAUGCUCGCUCUGCCCGAGCAUACCGAGAUGAGCUUGACUCUCUGAGAGAGAGGGCAAAUCGUGUGGAAAGACUUGAGAUGGAGCUUGUUCGGUGCAAAGAGAAACUUCAUGAUGUGGAUUUUUACAGAGCUCGCAUGGAGGAGUUAAGAGAAGACAACAUCGUAUUAAUUGAAACAAAGGCCAUGUUGGAAGAACAGCUAACGAUGGCAAGAGCUCGUGGUGAUAAACUGCAUGAAUUGGAGAAGGAGAAUUUGCAGCUGAAAUCCAAACUUCAUGACGUAGAGCUGGACCGGGACACAGACAAGAAGAGAAUUGAAGAGCUGCUGGAGGAGAACAUGGUCUUGGAGAUUGCACAGAAACAGAGCAUGAAUGAAUCUGUACACCUAGGCUGGGAACUAGAACAACUGUCUAAAAGCACAGAUCUUGCAGACACCAGAAAGUCCUUUGUGUUUGAAUUGAAUGAAUGUGCUUCCAGUCGCAUACUGAAGCUAGAGAAGGAUAAUCAGAGCUUGCAGAACACAAUCCAAGAGCUGAGAGAUGCCUCCUUGACCUCCAGAGAGAGCAGCCUGAAGUUUGUGGAACUGGAAAAGGAAAAUCAGCAGCUUAGCAAAAAGAUUGAGAAGUUGCAAAAUCAAAUUGAAAAAGAGAAGCAAAGUAAUCAAGAUCUUGAGACCUUGAGUGAGGAGCUGAUAAAGGAUAAAGAACAGUUGCAAGUUGCCAUGGAGACGCUAAAAGCUGACAAAGACAGACAGAUAAAGGACCUCAAACAAGAAAAUGAUCACCUUAAUCAAGUGGUCAUAUCCCUGAGACAACGAUCUCAAGUGAGCAGUGAGGCAAGAGUAAAAGACACUGAAAAAGAGAACAAGAUGCUUCAUGAAACAGUUACAGAAACUAGUAGCAAACUGAGCAAGCUGGAAUUUGAGAAGAAACAAUUGCAAAAGGAUUUUGACCAGGUUAAAGAAAAAGUGGAAAGAGUGGAAGAAAUGGAAAAAGAACUCCAUCGACUGGAAAGGGAGAAUGAGCAGCUCACCAAGAAGGCAGCAGCAAUGAAAAUAGUGACAGAAAAAGUUGAGGUUCUUGAGCAGGAGAAUGGGGAUCUGGAAGUGGAAAACAGGAAGCUAAGAAAAUCCCUGGACACAUUGCAGAAUGUUUCUAUCCGGCUUGGGGACCUGGAAAGGGACAACAAGCAAUUGGAUGAAGAAAAUCUGGAGCUUAGGAGAGUAGUGGAGACCAUGAGAUUUACCAGCACAAAAAUGGCACAAAUAGAAGCAGAAAAUAAAGAUUUGGAGAGGGAGAAAGAGGACUUAAGAAAGAAUGUGGAAACGUUAAAAGCAAUGAGCAAGAAAUCAGAGAGGCUGGAACUAAGCUAUCAGACUGUCAGCUCUGAAAACCAGAGACUUCAGCAAAUUGUGGACAGCAGUGGCAAAAAGAUCCAGGAGUUAGAAAAAGAAUUACAGGGAAUGGAGAGUGAAAAUCAGGUCCUCCAGAGAAAUCUUGAGGAGCUAAAGAUUUCUGCCAAACGAUUAGAGAGGUUAGAAAAGGAGAACAAAGCCCUAGAACAAGAAAUGUCUCAGCUUGAGAAAGACAAAAAAAUGCUAGAGAAAGAGACGAAACGGCUUUGGCAGCAAGUGGAGCUGAAAGAUGCUAUUUUGGAUGAUAGUACAGUAAAGCUGGCAGUUGCUGAGAAAGAAAACAAGACACUAGAAAAGGAAAUUGCUCGAUUCAGAGAUUCAUGUAAUAAGCUGAAAGAAUUUGAAAAGGACAAUAAAGAUCUCAUGAAGCAAGUUAAAAUUGAUAAAAGAACACUAGCUACAUUGAGAGAGGAUUUGGUCCUGGAAAAACUGAAGAGUCAACAGUUGUCUAGUGAGAUGGACAAAUUGAACCAGGAACUGGAGAAGAUAGGAUUGAACAAAGAACUGCUGCUACAGGGUGACAAUGGCAAUGAUGACACAAAAUACAAGAUUCUGGAGAGUAAAACUGAAUCAGCACUGAAAACAACACUAGCUGUGAAAGAGGAGAAGAUUGCAAUGCUGGAAGCUCAGGUGAAAGACUCCCUGAAUUUGAACCAGCAGUUACAGAAUGAUCUAACAAUGAUAAAGAAGGACUUUGAUGCACUCAAGCAGACUCAACAAGAUGAGCAGUAUGCUCAGAAGUCAGUGGGAUGUUCUGCAGAAAAACACAUUCCCAACCACCAAAUGAAUGAGAAAUCAGAAACAGGGCAUCGAGAGGCUACCAUGGAGCUGUUGAAACUGAAAGACAGGGCAAUUGAAUUGGAAAGGAAUAAUGCAGCCCUGAAUACUGAGAAGCAGCUGCUUAAAGAACAGCUGAAGCAUUUGGAAACACAGAAUGUCACCUUCAGUAAUCAGAUCCUGACACUACAGAAGCAAAAUGUCUUUCUUCAGGAGCACAACACUGCCCUGCAGACGCAGACAGCCAAACUCCAGGUAGAAAAUUCAACUCUCAGCUCCCAGAGUGCUUCACUGAUGGCCCAGAAUACUUUGCUCCAAAAUCAGCAGACAGCCAAGGAGAAUGAGAAUGAAAAUCUACUGAAACAGAAGGAGGAACUGAAAGCUGAUUAUGAAUCAUUGCUUCAGGACCAUGAGCACCUUGUUUCACUGCAUGAACGACAGUCUGCAGAAUACGAAAUGCUAAUAAACCAGCACAGCUGCCUGAAAACAUUACACAAAAACCUGGAUCUGGAGCACAAAGGUCUGGGUGAGAGAUACAACAGUUUAAUGAAAUACAAGUCAGAGCUGGAAGAGUUGGAAAAAGUUUUAAAAACUGAGAGAGAGGUUCUGCAACAAGAGAGGAGAUCAAAUGCAAUAACCACUGGGGAAAAUCAGAAGCUGAGGGAGGAACUGGACAGGGUGAAUUUUUUGCACAACCAACUUAAGGCAGAGUAUGAAGGCUUGCAUUCACACACUAAAGAGCUGAAAACUUCCUUGAACAAUUCUCAGCUGGAGUUGAAUCGUUGGCAGGCUCGUUACGAUGAGCUGAAAGAACAGCAUCAGUCCAUGGAUAUCUCUCUGACCAAGCUAGAUAACCACUGUGAGCUGCUGUCCCGACUAAAGGGGAAUCUGGAAGAAGAAAACCGUCAUCUCCUAAGUCAGAUUCAGAUGCUGAGCCAGCAGAAUCAGAUGUUGCUGGAACGGAACAUGGAGAACAAGGAGCAAUAUCAUGAAGAACAAAAGCAGUACAUUGAUAAAUUGAAUGCCUUAAGGCGACACAACGAGAGGCUUAAAGAGAAGAUAAUGGAUCAGUACAAGUUUUAUGAUCCUACCCCAAAAAAGAAAAACCACUGGAUUGGAGCCAGAGCUUUAGUCAAACUAAUCAAGCCAAAGAAGGAGACUACAAGGGAGCGGUUGAAACCAGCAGGAGAAAGCCCCCCAUUGCAUUCUGAAUCCGCAGAGACAGUAAACUCUCCAUCUGCCUCUCAGAAACUGAAACAUCAAGAGACUCAGGAUAGUAACUCUCAAGGGUCUAACUCUAUGGAGGAGAGAGAGAACCCUGGGGGCUCUUCAAACAAAGCGCUAACGGACCUAAAGCAGAAGAGGAAUUCCCAUCACGGAGGCAGCAAUGAUAAUGCUGAAGUCUCAGCAGACUCUGCGACGAAACACUGUGCGGAACUGGGUCCCAGAACUUACUCAACCUCAGCUAUUCAUCUGCACACUUCCACGCCCAUCUCCAGGCUCCAGAGCAGACCAAAAGGUUAUAAUUCAGAAGAUAAUCUGUGUGAACAGUCCCCUGAGGUAGAGUUUGCAAACACCAGACAGCCCGUGUCCAGGCCAAACAGUUUGGAGAGCAGUAGAAAUGCUUCCAGCAGUAGUUCACCUCUCAAUUUGAAAGGUUCCUUAGAUCAUAUCCAUGGUAGAACUGAGAGUCUCAGCAGUGAAGAUAUGAUGCCAAGCAGAGAGGCACCAGCCUUGCUCCGAGACACCUAUCCUUUUCACUCCACUUCUGUCUUAAGCCCUAGCAGUAGGCAUGAGUCAUCCUCCCACAGGAAUGGUUUGGUCUCUUAUGAUACACCUCAGAAAAGUGUUUCAUCCCAGUCUUACACAGACAGACAACGGUCUGCUUCACCUGGUAGUGAGAUAGUAACUUUGCAACAGUUCUUGGAAGAGAGCAACAGGCUGUCCCCACCAGAUGAACCUUUGCAGUCACUCAUAUUCGUCCUCAGUCAUUCAUGUCCUGACAACAUGAGGCACAGGACAGGCAGGAGAAACAGGAGAUCUGCUUCAGUCUAUAUCUCCAGGGACACCUCCAGUAACAGAGAUGACUUGCUCAGCGAUUACUUUAGGAAAGUAAAUGAGCCUUCAGCUACCAGGAACCUGCUGGUUCAGCCACCCAGAAAGGAGGCUGCUAAGAUGCCCACAAAUAUUGUUGCUCCAACUGUUAAGAUGACUGUCACCAACGAGGAAGGAAGAAUGGCUAAGCCUGGAAAUUACAUGAAGCCAAACCUCAGACAAGUUGAACCUGAGCCUCUGGCAAACUCACAAGGGUCCCUUAAGCUUCCUCACACACCACAGCACCAGCCUGCCGGUGGGAUGCGACAGGUGGCGCAGCCUCAGCAGCCUGGAACCACGAGCAAGAGGAGCACAUCACUGAGCAGGGCAUUUAGCUUGGCUUCUGCAGAUCUCCUUAGAGCCACUGGUCCAGAGUCGUGCAGGCAGGAGAGCCCCCAGAAGCCAGCAGCAGACCUGUGUGGAAGCAAGGAUGCUGUCAGUCAGACCUCUAGGGCUUCUGUGCCAGUAAGCUCACAGACAAGAGAGAGGCCGCAGUCUGCGAAGGUGGCAGGUUCCUUCCAAGGUAUUGAUGCCCGUUGCCGGCAGCUUGACGCGAGGCGCCUUUCUCUGGCCCCACCAAAGGACGAGAGGCCACUCUCCUUCCAUCAGUUCUCUGUCUCACCCACUGCAUCUACCAGCAAUCUGAAUGUGCAGCAACAGGAGCAUCUGAGCCCUGGGCAACAUUACUCACCUGUGUCACAUGCUCACUCUAAAGUCAAACCCAAACCAGCCCCUCAUACUGGAGAGGUGGCCACAGUGGCCCCUGUCAGAGCUGUGUCCAGCACCACUGAGGGAAAUACUUCUCUGGGGCAAGGCCCUGGUGAUGCUCUACUUACCAAGUGCCAGGGUAAGCUGCCAGAAGGCAGUGCUGGGGCUAUAGAGGACCCCAUGAGAGGAAGCAGCUCCAGCAGCACUCCUGGGUCUUCAGACCCUCAGGGGGAUCAGCAGACAGUUUGGUAUGAAUAUGGCUGUGUGUAA